AACGGCUGAUGCCAAGAUGGCGUCGUUGCGAGGCGUGCUGUCGUACGCGCUCGAAGUUUGAGUCUGGUUUCGAACAGAUUCACGGCUUCUUGGCAAUGAAGCGUGUCGUGUUGUGCGGGCACCGUAACAGUUGCACUAGAAGCUGAAUCGCGUGAAUAUUUUAAGUGGGACAAUCGGAAUAACGCAAAAUAAUGGAGUGCCUGUUUACGAGAACACAUGUGAUAUGUGCGACGUUCUGGGACCAGACAAUUCUCAUAGGCGAAGGCAACACACUAAGUGCGUUCUCUUCAGCGACCUUCAGCAAGAUUGGAUUCCACGUCGCGUUCCCAUCGUGCAACGUCCAUGGUAUUAGGACAGUUUGUGAGUCCCAAUCGAGCUGCGUGUGUGCCGUCUUCGGAUCCAGAUUUCUGACCAUUGUAAAGCUUGAACCCUGGUCAGCACCAUCCAUGGGUUUUCAGGUGCUGUUGCAACCGGUCAUGUUUGACGACUGGAUCUGGGACAUCCGGUGGCUCGCACCAGACGACGGUUUCUUUGAUCCUUUGGACGAAAAGUGCAUGAACGUGGCCAUUUGUUUCGGCCACAACGGCGUGUCCCUCUGGGACUGGAAGUCCAAGGAACGUCUCGCUUGGGCUGUCUGCACUGAGAGCUGCAUUCUAUAUGCUGGUCACUUCGUUGGUUCCACCUGGAAUUCUCUGAUGGUGGCUGUGGGCACCGUCUUCAAGGAGGUCAUCCUUUGGGCACCUUCCCAGUGUCUGGCGCAAGCCCCUGCUCGUGUGGUGCAUAGGCUCUCUGGGCACCAGGGCGUCAUCUUCUCGGUGAACUUCAACGUGCCCCGGCGCCUGCUGUGCUCCACGUCGGAUGACCGGUCCCUGCGGGUGUACCGCUUCCAUGAGCACCCUUCCCUCUGCCAGGCGGGUGCUGAAGACCUCAGCCUGGAGCAGCUCUCCAGGGGCUGGUUCAGCUCGCUGCACGUGCUGUACGGGCACGAAUCGCGCGUCUGGAGGGCGGCCGCCCUCAGCAGCUGCUACAUUAGUGUCGGUGAGGACUCAUCCAUUUGUUUUUGGGGAACACCGGGAAAUCUCAUCACCAAAAUGACUGCCCCUGGGGGCGGAAGUAUCUGGUGCCUUGCUGUAAAGGAGGACGAAACUCUCGCUGUGACGGGAAGCAGUGGAUCAGCUGUCUGCAUUUGGCAUCUCUCGGAUGUCCUCGGGCAUGCUUCCAAGACCACCUGGAUUGAGGCUUUCACUGUAGGAAGCAAUUUCCCUAGGAACUUGGCUCUCGUGGACUGCUUUGGAACCAUGUCACUGCUUGUUGUCACUAAUGAAGGGCGUCUGCUGCGGUGGAUUCUAAGCGGCCGCGAGUUGUCAAUGGAAGCCCUCCUUCAGAGAGACUACCUCGUCUCGUACAGCGUGCUGUCAGUGUCCCCAAGGAGAAACUACUUUGCUGUGGGCAGCAUCAAGGGACACAUUUUGGUCUUCAAGUGUACAGGUGGUGCCAACAUCACCUUGCUUGCGGAGGACCUGGUUCACGACGGCCGUGUGCACAGCAUCAGGUGGGUCAGCGACACCUGCCCAGCCUUUCUCAGCAGCGGUCCCAAUGGCUUCAUGAUCCUGACCCAGCUGGCGGACGACGUGCCUUCGUCAGACGAGCUGGGCAGCGUGGAGUCCCUGAGCACCUUCCUCCUGCCCAGGGGCAGGCAGCGCUGGGCCACGGCGGCCAUCCUCUUGCCCCCAUGCCUGUUCGUCGGGGACCGGUCUGGCAGCGUCCACGCCUUCCUGCUGGACGACGAUCAGGACAUGGUGGAGCCAUUCCGCACCUUCCACGCCAUCCAUGGCUGCAACGGAGUUACAGACAUGAAGCACACCGAGGACACCUUGGUCACAUCCGGGAGGGACGGCAGGAUCCUGCUCUUCAGCGUGAAGAACCAGGAGCUGCGCUUUCUACGAACCUUUUGGUGCUUGACCUCACUGGAAUGGAUUGGGCAGAUGGUUGUGGAGGGAAAGGACCUUCUGCUUUGUGGGUACCACACCAGCAACUUCGUGGUGUGGAACACGACGCAACAGCGUGCGGUGCUGACCGUCGAUUGCGGGGGAGGUCACCGGUCGUGGGACUUUGCCAUCACGACGUCUCUGGAGGGCAUCUUCGUCUGCCUCAAGAUGGGCAAAAUCAUGCUGCACCGCAGCAGCCUUAAGGACACGCUGCGAAAUUCUUGCAUUAGGGCACCUCUACAUAAGAAGAAAAUUUCUGCCAUAUGUCAUCUUGGCAACGAGGAAGGAAGUCCUGGAGGUACCACCGUUCCUCAGGCUUACAUUGUCACGGCUGGGGAAGACAACAUCAUCACUGUGUCUCAAGUGACCCAGGAGAAGUCCAACCUGACCCAGAAGGCGGUUUGUCGACUGCAUGGCCACAUCUCGUCCGUCAAGGCCCUUGCCGUCUGCAAGGCAUCCAACCUUGAACCGAGCGAAAGGCUACUAGCUUCCGUCGGGGGCCGGGCGCAGAUGAUCCUCUGGAAGGUGCAGGCCUCAAAACGGUGCAGCAGUGAAAGCGAAGAGCUGCUUAAUCACCGCCUGUGGUCGCUGGACAAGGGCUGCCAGCGGCAUUUCAAGGCCUUCCCAGCCAAAGACCCUCUGGCACGCUACAUGGACGUCUGCAUCUGGGAGGAAGAGCCCCUCGAGUUCCGCAUCGCCACUGUUGCCUCCGACACCUACCUACGGGUAUUCGGCUACUCGUGGAAGGAGGAUAUCACCCUGCUGGUGAGCAUAGCUGUGGGGGAGCACUGCCUGUUCAAGGUGCUCCGGACUGAGCUGGUGACCAGACCCAAAUCCUCACUGCUCCUGACUGGUGGCAACGACGGGAUGCUGCGCUUCUGGCAGCUUCGAGGUGCAGACGAGAAGGACGAGGGUCGCACGGAGUGCAGGUUGCUCGACUCUUUCCGGCGCCACCAGUCGGGUAUCAACGCCCUAGACAUCCUCGUCCAUGACAACAUAUUCACGGUGGUGUCCGGGGGCGACGACAACAGUCUGAUUGUCACCAAUUCCGUCGUCACGGAGGAUGGCGCAGUCUCUGAACUGGACGGGAUGACGGUCGCCAAUGCCCACGAUGCCCAAAUCACAGGGGCCUUGUUUCUUGAUGCUCAAGGGAAAUGGCUGAUGUCAGUGGGAAUUGACCAGCGGCUGCGCACAUGGCACAGAUCUUCGAGCUCCGUGCAAGAGCACUGCAGCAGGAUCUCCUGCGUUCCCGACCUCGCGGCUCUCACCUGCUGGAAGAAGCCCGACGGAGACAUUCUUGUGGCAAUCGCAGGUGAAGGCCUGGAGAUAACCCUCCACGAAAACAUUUUGGCGGCAGAACUGGCUACAACUGCGGGUCAAUUCAUUGCCUGAGCUACAGUCGCCUGGGUGGGGUUUUAACUGUACAUAGGGCACAAGUUUCUUACCAACCAGUGACGGAUGGCUAAGGGCUGUAAUGUUGUCAGCACAUGAGCAUAGUGAAGUUGAAUAAAAACAUUUUUGCCACUGA